UUAAAAAACAAAAUAAGAAAUAGAAUUAGUUAAUUAAUGUCGUAAAAACAUGUAAAUAAAAAUAUGAACUGUUAAAUUACUCAAAUGAACUGAAGCCAAGAUAGUUCAAGAGAUAAAUACAAAAACAAACGCUAAAUAAAAACAAGAAAAAUAUUUAAAAACAAAAAUAUAAAUUUUUGGAAAUUUUUCUUAUUCAUUGACGCUAAAAAUGUCAGUGAAAUUGAUAUUCGAGAUUGGACAUUCAGCAUCUCGUAAAACAAAACCGAGUAAAGAAGGCUUCACUCAUGAUUGGGAGCUCUUUGUAAAAGGUGCCAAUGAAGGAAGUGAUAUUCAACUUUUUGUCGAAAAAGUCGUCUUUAAUCUUCAUGAGUCGUUUCCAAAGCCAAAGCGGGUCAUAAAAGAGCCACCGUAUACAGUGAAGGAAGCCGGAUAUGCAGGAUUUCUUCUAACUAUUGACAUUUACCUGAAGAAUCGUGAUGAGCCUAAAAAAGUCACUUUCGAAUAUGAUCUGGAUUUGCAACCUUUCAAAAUUCAAACAAAUGAAUUCAUUGUACCGAAUCCCUCAGAUGAGUUCAGAAAGAAAUGUUUAAAAGGUGGUGGUGUUGUCAUAAACACAGGCGAGUAUAAAGCUCGAGAUUCUUAUGGGAAAACAUCACAAUUACCUGUAAUGGGCGAAAUAAAAAAAUCAUCAAAAAGACCUGAAGAAACAAAACCAAACAAAAUUUUCACAGAUCUUUUUGGCGCACCACUCAAAAAACAUGAUCCGAGGUCACUUCAAAAUCCAUCACCAAAUCCAACAAAACUACCAUCAACUUCCAGUAGUAAAAACAACGAAAGAAGUCAAUCAGGAUCAAAGGAAAAAAGUGAUAAAUCGAAGCACAAACACAGUCCAAGUAAGGAUGGUAAAAAGGCAAAUGAUGGUAUGAGACCGGAAACCGAGAAAGUGAAAAAAGAUAAAACGAAAGAUCGUGAAAGAAGUGAGAAGAAAGAAAAAACUUCUAAACGACCAUCACCAUCACCAAGCUCUUUACCAGGAUCAUCUUCAUCAGCCCGAAGCAGUACAAAUCCAAAUUCAUUAUCAGUGUCAAAAUCGGAUGUUGUUAAAUCAUCUAAACAAUCUUCAACACCAACCCCAUCCAGUGAUGCAUCUUCUAGUAAGAAGAGUAGCAAGAAGGACAAGAAAAAUCACGAUAAAGAACGAGAUAAAAUUGAAAAGAAAGAUUCACGUUCGAAAGAUGCAUUAUCAGGAAAAGACAAAUCACAAUUUGAACCGCCAAAAGGAGCUACUGUUGGAAAGGAUCGGGAUUCUAUCAGUGGCAAGGAUGAUCGGGAAAAAGCAAAAGGAAAGUUAAGUACAUCAUCAUCAUCGAUCUCUGAACCAAAGACAACUCCAAUAGAAGUUGUAAAGAAGCAACAUGAAAAAGACUCUGAACGCAAACAUAAACAUAAAAAGAAAGAAAAAACAAAAGACAAAGAUGUUGUAAAAGAUAACAAGAAAGAGAAGCAACAUAAAAAUUCAAUUGCAAUACCUUCACCUGCAAAAGCGAAAGAUCAAGGAACAAAAUUUCAACAGCAUUCAGAUUCUGAUGCUGAUAGUCCUGCUUCAAUAAAACAGGAAUCUGAUAACAGUGUUGAUGCAACUGUAAUGCAAAAACCUCCUGAAGCUGAAAAACUUCCUAAGAAAUCUCGAGAACGAACAAAAACUGCUGACAAGGAAGAUAAAAGUCGAAAACGAAAGUCAAGUAAGAAAGAUGAACGUGAUUCAUCUAUAUCGCCAUCACCUGCAAAAAUAGCCAGAAAGGAGGUUUCAAAUUCACCUUCAAUUCAAGAAAGGCCAUCGUCAUCUGAUUCAGCUGCAAAUCAUUCACACAUGAACAACAAUAAUAUUGACAAUGCAAGCAAUGAUCGUAAGAUAUCUAAUGAAUAUAUGAGUGAACUUAAAGAUUUAAAACAGAAAAUUACGACACUAAACAACAAUGAAGACUUACAACAAGUUGUAAGAAUGAUCGCUGCUACAGGUUGUUAUGAAAUAACAAAAUCUUCAUUUGAUUUUGAUCUUGUACAGCUGGAUCGAAGUACAGUUCAAAGAUUACAAGAUUUUUUUGCUGCUUCGUGACUUCGUUAGCUUCUGUUCCUGAUUUACUCAUCUAUCAUUACUCGUCGAAUCAUUUAAAUGGAUUCUUUAUAAAUAUCUACACAUUUCUUGGAAAAUUUCUUUAUUUAUUUAGUUCUUUCUUUAGUUUAACAUGUAUGCAUGACUAAGUAGUUAUAUGAAGAGCAUAAAUGUAAAAUUUAAAGUCGAUACGAAUUUUCUUUAGAUUUUUAAGUUAUCUAUUAAUCCGAAAUGUAAAGAAUGGAUAAAAGCAAAUUUGUUAAAUUUGAUUUCUAAACUACGAGAAAGAAAAUAAAAAUAUGAA